AUGUUCAUGCGUCUGCUUCAAACGGUACUGGUGUUUUUGGUUACAUUCCUGGCCAGUGCUGAUACUCUCGCAGUAGCCGAAAACACCGGACAAACUGAGAUUAUCUCGCCAGUCAUAACCGAUUCUCAAAACUCACUUCGAGGUACCGGCAAGACUGUUGAAGGUGACGACUCUGUCGAGGAGAGAGCAGGUGAUGCAUAUUCGAAGCUUGUCAACUUCAUUGGGAGUGUUGGUGGCAUGAGAGGCAAAGUGGCGAAAUGGGUGAUAGCAGACAAGGCCGACGAACUCGUGAUGGGGGCGCUGCAGUUAAAAGACCUUUCUGUAUAUUUGCUAAUGGCUAACAAAAACUACAAGUAUUUAAGGCGCUUUCAAACGGCUCGCAUGAAUUCCUGGCUCAAGAAAAAUCCCCCCCUUUCAGAUAUGAGACUGCGCGAGACAUAA